AUGCCGGGGCGUGAGAAGGGGCGGCGCGUGAAAAGCCGCACAAACCCGCUUGGCGAGGACCUGCACGCUGACCGCUUCGCCAGCGCCAAGCGCCACGCAGAGGCAGAGGAUGCCGACGGUGACGACAAGAAUGGCAUCCUCCUGCCGAAUCGCACAACGACCCGCAUCCUCAAGACGGCCCGACAGCAACUCGAGGCGAUCGCCGACGAGGAGCGUUACAAUGACGCCUACGACAACGAGGAAGAAAGCGGCAACCACCACCACAACAACCAUAUUGAAGACCCAGGCCUGGCGGAGCUCGAGUGCGAGGCGCAGUUGGGCGACAUGUACGCCAGCAACGGCGACGAGGACGAGGAGGUGGUGAUCGAGUACGACGACGCAGAGUCAGUGAUGUCGGAGAUCCCGUCGGAGAUGGAAAUGGGGGCAGACAUGUACGGUAUCGACGAGGAGGAGGCGCGGCUGCUGCAGAAAUUCCAGCCGCCCUCGCGCGUGCAGAGCCGCAACUUGGCCGACAUGAUCAUGGAGAAGAUUAGGGAACGCGAGGGGGCUCGCAAGACGGCAGCAGGAGCGGCAGGGGCGGGCGUCUCACACAACGAUGGCGACGAGGACGAGGAGAGAAUAGACCCCCGCGUGGCGCGUGUGUACACGGCGAUUGGCGGCAUCCUGAAGAACUACACAUCAGGGAAAAUCCCCAAGGCGUUCAAGGUGCUUCCGAACAUUAAGAACUGGGAGCAGCUGCUGAUGCUCACGAAGCCGCACGAGUGGUCACCGCAUGCGACAUACCAGGCCACGCGCAUCUUCGCUGCGAACCUUAACGAGCGCAUGGCCCAGCGCUUCUACGCUGCGGUGCUGCUGCCCAUGACGCACGAGCGCAUGGCGACGGAGAAGAAGCUCCACCCCGCACUCUACAUGGCCAUUCGUAAGGCACUGUUUAAGCCAGUGGCUUUCUUCAAGGGCUUCAUUCUCCCACUUGUCGCGGAUGAGGAAUGCACGCUCAAGGAGGCCCUUGUCGUGGCAAGUGUGCUGCAGCGGAUGCACCUUCCACCGGUCCCAACGGCAGUGACAAUUGUGAAGUUGGCGCAGCAGCCGUUCUCUGGACCUCGCUCGGUGUUUCUGCGCGUGCUCAUUGAUAAAAAGAUGGCGAUGCCGUAUCAGGCAGUGGAUGCACUCGUUGAGUACUUUCAUCGCUUCAUUCGGACACACGCCAAAGAGGAGAAGCUGCCCGUCCUGUGGCACCAGACACUUCUCUCCUUCACGCAGCGUUACAAGGGUGAUCUGACGGCGGAGCAGGUGGAGCUGCUGCAGCAGGUGUGUGCCAAGCACUUCCACUACCUCUUAACACCGGAGGUUAGGCGCGAACUCAACGCCGCCCCAAACGCAGCGAGGGGGUAA